ACUGGAGAGUUUCAAACCCGCGAGAGCCAAUGAGAGCGCGCGGACGCGCGGCGCGUAGGCCGAAGCUCCUGGCGCGGCCUUUGAAGAAAAACUGUCUCGGGAGUCAUGGUGGGCCCGGGACGCGGCGCCGCCUCUGCUGCAGCGGAACGGCAGCGAAAGCUCCAGGAGUACCUAGCAGCCAAGGGAAAAUUGAAGAACCAGAACACCAAGCCUUAUCUAAAAGCCAAGAAUAGUUGCCCAAAUCCACCACCUUCUCAAUCUACUCUUAGACCCACAAAGAAUGUUACCAGCCAUGUUGCUUUGCCUAUCAAAACUUCAAGGCCCAUCAGCACUAAACUACAACCCAGACCAGACAAUAUCACAAGGUCCCAGAAGCCAAAAUUGGAGCCACCCAAACUUCUGGGCAAAAGACUGACUUCAGGAUGUGUUUCUUCUAACGCAAGCUGUCAGCCUCCUGGUAAGAGUCACCAGCAGCAUGAAGCCAGACCAUCCACAGCAGAACUGUCAGGACAACCAGAGGGGUCACUUAAUAUACAGCAGCUGGAACCCACAGAGCAGCAGGUGACCGAUCAAGGACAUGCUAAAUGUACAGACUCUGUGGACAACACCCAUGUUGAAAAGGAAUCUUCAGAUAGGGUUCUGAAAGAGAGAAACAAAGAGAACUUGCCCCAAACUUUAUCAGAACCUCAGAGGAAACCAGAUCCUGAAUUAAGUAUUGUAAGUAAGGCAAAAACUAACUGUUAUAAUCAAACCAAGAACAGUUUUGCUCCUAAAAAGGCUGUGGGGAAAAGUUCGGUGAAUAGCACAGUUCUGAAGGACAGAGUUAAUAAACAAACUGUAGGAGAAACACGAAUCAGGACUGUACCAGUGAAAUCACAGCAGCUCUCUAGAGGAGAUGCUGUAAGGCCAGGAGGAAAACCCUCGAGGACAGUUCCCACUCAUGGUAUUCAGACCCUUAGUAGGAUCCAAGCAUCGAAGAAGCCAGAGGUCAAGGAUACAAAGGCUGACAGGGGUAACCAUGGAAGACCAAGUGAAGCUAAGUUACAGUCAAACCCCUUUACUGAACAGAAAGCAAAACAUACCAAACCCGAGACAUACCCCAAUGUUGUUCAGGGAGUAUGUAACAGACAGACGAGCAUCAGGCAAGAGCAGAAAUCCACGCAGCCUUGUUUUAGACCCCAGACAUCAUGCAUACUGCAAAAAACGAAAGCAAUAAACCAGAAGCCUACUCUGACCAUUCGCAGCUUUCAUUCAGUCAUUCCAAGCACCCCCAACUUAAGAGCAAAUAGAACCAAUGACAAUAAGUAUGGCAACAGUUUUCAACAAAAAGCACAGACUUUGGACUCCAAGUUAAAAAGGGCUCCUCUUCAGAACCGUUUUCUGAGCAAGACAGCUCCCAAACCUCAAGCUGGAGUCACAGCCACGAAUAGCAGCAGAGUCUUAACUGGAGCUCAAACUAAUCCAAAUAUUAAAAAGAAGGCAACAGCAGAAGAUCGAAGGAAACAACUAGAAGAAUGGCAGAAAUCUAAGGGGAAGAUCUAUAAGCGACCUCCUAUGGAACUUAAAACAAAAAGAAAAAUAAUAGAGGAAAUGAAUAUUUCUUUCUGGAAGAGCAUUGAAAAAGAAGAGGAAGAAAAGAAAGCUCAAUUUGAGCUGUCCAGUAAAAUCAACAAAACUCUGACAGAAUGUCUGCAGCUCAUUGAGGAGGGUACACUUUCUGAUGAAAUACUUGCCAUACUGUCCAGCAUUCCUGAGGCUGAAAAAUUUGCUAAAUUCUGGAUCUGCAAAGCAAAGUUGUUGGCAAGUAAAGGCACCUUUGAUGUUAUUGGGCUAUAUGAAGAGGCCAUUAAGAAUGGGGCAACACCAAUACAAGAGCUGCGAGAAGUUGUCCUUAAUAUUUUGCAAGACUCAAAAAGAACUACAGAAGGAGUUACUUCUGACCCUUUAGUCACUGAAACUAAUACAACCUCGGUGGAAGAGCUGGCCAACAAGAUGGAAUCUGGACAGUUUUGUCUUUCUCUGAAAGAGAAGGAGCAGGUUACAGCGACACCCAGCAUGAGCAAGGCAGAACAGGAUAAUUAUCCUGGUAUCAAAUUACAGAUCGCCUCAAUUCCUAGAGUAAGUGGAAUGGCAGAAGUGCAAGACAUGAAGCUUAUCACUCCGGUACGACGCUCAGCGAGGAUCGAGCGAGCAGUGUCCCGCUACCCAGAAAUGCUACAGGAGCACGACUUAGUAGUGGCCUCUCUCGACGAGCUCUUGGAAGUGGAGGAAACAGAGUGUUUUAUAUUCCGUAAAAAUGAGGCUUUGCCUGUAACAUUAGGGUUUCAGAUCCUUGAAUCAUAAUUUCUUGCUGCUUUAAAAAAAAAGAAGAAGUGAGAACCUCCAUAAGACAGGAAUGCCCUAGUCAGGUGCCCUGGAAAAGAAUGCAUAAUGGAGAGGUAUCGGGGUGCCGAGGACAGACCUCGGGGUACAGGAGAUUAUUCAUAAUUCACUCGGCACUUUGCAAAUUAUGCACCCCCCCAAGGAAGGCUUCGUGGGUUUAAGGCUGUAGUUUGCCACAGUUUUGCAGCAUACAUGAAUUUCAAACUGUUGAAUAUUAAUGUGCCCCACAAAUAUGGUUAAAAAUCUGCUUGUCGUUGAGCUACGUUAAUCCCCAGCUAGUUCUGUGUUAUCAGAAGAUCGGUGCCACCACACAGUGGACUUCCCUCUGUGCACCCCCUUCCUGAGGGGACAGAUCCUCACAGCCUGGCAGACCUCGCUGCCCCUGUGCACGUGGGGCAUUGAUGGAGGUCCUUGGUUCCAUCACAGUGUCCCAUAGAUGAGGGCUGCUCCUUCCACUCCGUUCCAGGGACCGAGUGACACACACUCCUGAGUUGGAGUGGUCAUCUAGUUUCUAAUACCCAAAUCUGAUUUUGCAUUUGUUGUUUAGAAAUGCUUCAAGUAAAAACAGAACAGGGCAAGGGAGAGGGUCAGGAGGGACACUGCUUCGCUUCAGUUCUCUGCCGUGGGACAGCUGCCCUGAGAGGGCAUUGUGAGCCCUGGGAACUAUUAUGGGAUACUUUUUCUUCCCCUGAGCAAAUGCUCUUAGAAAGCUCAAAUCAGAGUCACUAUGUAAAUAGAAUGUAUAGAAAAACCCAGUCAGCACAUUUUAAAUUUUAGCUUUCUUAAUAUUUAAGUAUUAUCUAAAAACAACCAUUAAAUGCAUGUUUGUUCCUUA